UCCCCGUUUGCCUCUCGCCUGUGUUCUCAGCUGCUUAAUUGAACUAAUUAGCUGAUCAAUCAGUGGUGUUUUUGCCACAUCUCUACCGGAGCAGCUGUCUCUGGCUCAGGCGCUCACACAGCAGGUGUUCUUCCCCGGAACAAGGAGGGGGGGGGUCGCACACUGGGACAGACGGACCCCUUCUCGGAGCUCCUCCGUGCGGGGGUGUGGUGCCGGCGGUGGGGGGCUCCAGGCGGCAGCGAUCGUGCCUUCCUGCGCGCAGCCAGCGGGUGGAUGAUUGACCACCCAGGCCAGCGGCGUGUUUGCUCUGGAAUCGCUGUGUCACGCCCUCCGUGUCAUCGGCCCCGGCAGCCGCUCCGAUCGGGAACACAGGGAGGUGAGAGCGGAUCCCUACGGAUACAACAGUACAGCCAGGGCCUCUGCCUCACGCUUCACAGCCCCACGGCAGGGAUUGGGGCUCAGGGAUCGACGCCCUGCAGCUCCGCGCUGAAGGAGACUGCGGGAGGACUGCAUGUCGCCUGGUCAGUGCAGCUUCUUGCAUAUCUGGGACUUUCACAGGUAGAGCAAUAGGAGCCAAACCUCUUCCCCAUAUUUCAGUUUGCGUCCUAUGUUUCUAUCCUUCAGGAGGGCUCUUUUACCCCCCAAGUGAGAGCAAACGGUUUCAGGUUGUUGAGAAAUCUCGGCGAUGUUUUCUCAAGCGGUCCUGCUGGAUAAGCGACAGACACGGGUCCUGGGCUCAGCUCUGAGGGGGGCUGUGUGCUGGGGGCUCCCGUGUGAUUGAGCAGCAGGAGGGCUGGGGGUGGCUCCGGGCUUUGGACCGGUCCGGUGGGACAGAAAGAACCGAACGUAAAGGAUUCAGCACAGCGAGCAGCAGGAACAGAACCCCAGGCCCUCAGCCAGUCUCACUCUCCCUCCUCGCGCCUGCCUGCUGCAAUGUGGGAUUCCGUGGUGUUCCUGCUCCCGGUGCUGGUGCUCCUGAGCUCGGCUCUCCUCCUGAAACUGGUCUGGAACUCGGCCUCUGGUGUUCUGUGGCGGCUGGGCCUGGGCCUGUGGGCCCGGUUGCGGACCCGGCUGGGGCUCCCCCAGCCCCACUCGGAUCGGCCCCAGCUGAUCUGCAAGCCCUCGGCCCUGGCGCGCUUUCUCCUGCGCCACUGCGGCGCCCUGGCGUGGCCCACGCUGACCCCCUGGCCCUGGGGCGACCCUCACGUCCAGACGCUGCACAGCUUGGCCUGGCCAGCAGGGGGCGCCGCAGGCAGGGUGGACUUCGCCCGAGAGCACCUGGAGCUGCGGGACGGCGGCAUCGUGGCUCUGGACUGGGCAGUGGCGGCGGCGCCAGGGGGCAGCAGCAGCAGCAGCAGAAGCAGAGCCCCGCCCGCCCCGGCCUGUCCCCCCAUCCUCAUCGUCAUCCCCAACUCCUGGGGCAGGCGCACCCUCCACCUGCAGCUGCUGUGCAGGCUGGCCCUGGCUCAGGGCUUCUACCCCGUGGUCUUCAACCGCAGGGGGCAGGGGGGCUGCCCCUUGGUCACCCCGGCGCUGCAGCCAUUCGGGGAGCCCUCCGACCUGAUGGAGGCCGUGUCCUACAUCCGCUGCCGGCACCCGUCCUCGUCUCUGCUGGCCGUGAGCGAGGGCUCGGGCUCGGGGCUCCUGCUGUCCUACCUGGGGGAGUGCGGCUCCUCCUCCUACCUCACCGCCGCGGCCUGCCUGUCGCCCAUCUUCCUGGGGCAGCAGUGGUUCGAGACGCCCCUCCCGGCCCCCUACAGACUGGGCCUGCUGCUGUACCAGAAGCUGCAGAUCAGCAGGUACGGCACCGCCCUCAGCGCGGUGAUGGAUGUGCAGCGGCUGCUGCGCUGCUCAUCGCUGCGGGAGUUUGAGGAGAUCCAGUUCUGCUCGGGGGGCACCGGGGAAAAGGGAAAGCCCCCCUCUCCGGACUGGGAGGCGUACUGGGAACGGAACGAGCCGCUGCGGGACGUGGAUGAGGUGGCCGUGCCAGUGCUGUGUCUGUGCAGCUGGGACGACCCCGUCAGGGGAGACCCCCAUGCCUCCCUGCCCCUUGACCUCUUCCAGACCAGCCCCUACUUCCUGUUGGCGCUGACGGGGCGCGGCGGGCACUGCGGCCUAAGGGGCGGGCGGGAAGGCAGCGCGUGCUGGAGCCACUCCGCCGUGCUGGAGUACUUCCGGGUCGUGGGCGAGUUCCUGCAGGGCGAGGAGAGGGGACGAGACGCAGGCCAGCUGCCGCGCCACAGGACCAGCACGCUGUGGACACGGCGCCGCAGGGGAACCCUGCUGAGGAGAGACAGACACUCCCCCGCGGCCAGCGCUCAGCUCCCCGAGGAUCUGUUCCAGUGGCAGCGCUCCUACACGCGCUGACCCGGGGCAGGGGGCUCCCCGCCGCGGUACCACCAGGAUCUGUCCAGGACCGCCGCGAAGACAACAGCCAGACGACGCAGGACCUGGAAAUGGCUGGCGGCCGAUACAGGCUCCAGGACGUGACGAGCUGUGCCAGCUGAAACACGGACAGAGGUCAAGCCUCCUCCUGGGUGUUUUUUGCUGUGCUGAGGAAGAAAAAAAAAAUGGAGACAAGCAGCUUUCCCUAACUAUUGAUUCCUUAUUUACAUUUCAAAAAAGAAUCCUGCGACUGAUCCCUAGCUCCCCGUUUGUUUAAACAGUACAUUAAUACAUCACUCAUUGCUCUUCUGUCAGGGCAGCGACAUUGGAACCCCAGGCUUUCAGAACUGCUCUUUCCUAUACAAAACAAACCGGAAUCCCAAACUGGGCCAAGAAGAGAAAGGUGAUUUACUGCACCAGUGUGAAGGUGGAGACCUCAGGGCUGUACUGAGGGGGUUAGACGAGCUGCUUCUACACUGGCAGGCUGUACAGCCGUGGUACCCAUUGCCCAGAGACAACAAACAGGAGACCUUUAACAUUGUGCUGUUAAAAUAUUGGUGAGGUCGAAUCGAGAAUAUUUUAUGGCUCUUUUAGUUUGGCCUGCAUCAGUUCCUAUAAAAUAUGUAACAGCACAAUGAGCAGCCAAGCGCAGGACAUCUCAAAUCUCUCUUCAUGGUCCUUCAAGGUUUGCCCGAUGGUUGUUACCACUGGAUUAAAGCAGAGAUCAAAGUCACGUCAGUGUGCAUCACUUAGUCAUGUCACCAACAAUUGAAAGCACAAGUGAGGAGCUUGAGAUGAGUCAGCUGUGUUCAAACGAAGGAGCGUGACACCAGAGCAGCAGGCUGGGGGAAGUAUACACUCACAUCGAGGCCCACAGACUACACACAGGCCCUGCUGGAGCUGUCUGCUCACUCCCCAGAACAUCUCAAGCAGCCUCUCCAGGCCAGGAAAACAUCAGGCAGAGACAUUUGUACUAAAAUUACUUUAUUACAGUUGAUUCUUUGUCCAGUAUCCUCCGUGAAUACGAAGGAGUAAUUACAAACAAAAUAUUACAUGACCCUAAAGUUGUUGUUUUUUCCUCUGUCGCUUUAAUUCACUUAUUUUAUUUUUG